AAAAAACCCCACCAAGUAGCAACUCCCAGUCGCUUUGAUUUGACUUGAAAAUUAAUACCCAAAGCGAUGUUUCCUUCUUCUGCUUCGUCUCCGAUUGUUUACUCUUUGAUCCUCUUUUGUUCUCUUCUCUUUCUUUUCCUGUUUGCUCCUCGAAUCAUUCCUCGCGGGAACCGCCACCCGGAACGGCUGAUCUCGGUUCAAGAUGAACUCGACGAUCUUCGUCUUUUCCGUGAAGCGGUGUCCACGGCCACCGCUCGCGGCGGUUCUUCGAAGAUUUCCCAUCUGGGUACUAUUAACCCAAAGCCCAAAAUCGCGUUUCUUUUCCUCACCAACUCGGAUCUCGUGUUUGCACCUUUAUGGCAACGAUUUUUUGAAUCCUCAAACGAUGAUCUCUUCAAUGUCUACAUCCAUGCGGAUCCGGCUACCAAAAUCUCGACCCCGGAAUGGUUAAUAAAAGCCAAUUUCAUCCCGGCUAAAACCACCGCACGCGCCUCCCCGACGCUCAUCUCCGCGGCGCGGAGACUCAUGGCAAACGCCAUCAUCGACGAUCAGUUCAAUCUGUACUUCGCAUUGGUAUCCCAGCACUGUGUCCCUCUCCAUUCCUUUAAAUUCGUUUACACUUCCCUUUUCGGAAACCCUUCAUCGGCGCACAAAACGUUUUUGACCCAAGGUUCUCUGAAAAGCUACAUCGAGAUCUUAUCGGAGGCGCCGUUUUUGCACAACCGGUACGUCGCACGGGGCGACGGCUCGUUGCUGCCGGAUAUUCCGUUCGAUAAAUUCCGGGUCGGGUCUCAGUUCUUCGUGCUGGCAAAACGGCACGCUUUGCUUGUGUUGAGAGAAACGAAAUUGUGGAGUAAAUUCAAGGUCCCUUGUUUGGAUUUAGAUUCUUGUUACCCUGAAGAACAUUAUUUCCCCACGUUCUUAUCAAUGGCGGAUCCCAAAGGGAGCAAUCGUUACACGUUAACUAGAGUUAAUUGGACUGACAGUGUCGACGGUCAUCCGCAUACGUACCAUCUGCCGGAGAUCUCGCCGGAGCUUAUACGUACGCUGAGGAAAUUGAAUUCCGGUUCGAGUUAUUCGUAUUUUUUUGCCCGGAACUUCUCGCCGGAUUGCUUGAAGCCGUUGAUGGAAGUCGCCGACGAUGUCAUUUUCAGAGAUUGAACCGAGUCUGGUUGAAGAACAUGCAAGGCGUUCGACUUUGAGGAACAAUGGUGCUGCUCUUUGUCUUCUCUUGUGUACAUAAAUUUGGGUUUUUUUUUUAUGUAAGAGUUUAAUUGGGAAAGGUGGGCAAAGAGUGGAGUUAGUGG